AUGUGUAUCGACUAUCGGGAGUUGAACCAUUCGACCAUCAAAAAUAGGUAUCCUCUCCCUAGAAUUGAGGAUUUGUUUGAUCAAUUAAAAUGGGCUAAGGUAUUUUCUAUGUUUGAUUUACGAUCUGGAGAUCAUCAAUUGAAUGUUAAGGUAAAGGAUUUUGGAAUAGCUUUGGAUCAGGCACUAACAUUUAAAGGUAGAAUUUGUGUACCAAAUGAUGAAGUUUUGAGGAAGGAAAUAUUGGAGGAGGUUCACUCCACCUCGUACGCCGCACAUCCCAGUGUAUGCCAACAAGUUAAAGUGAAACAUCAAAGACCGACAGGGUUAUUAAAUCCAUUAGACAUACCUAAAUGGAAGUCGGAGAAUAUCGCAAUGGACUUUGUUGUAGGAUUUCCAAG